AUGAAGCCUUUCUCAGCCACCGCUCUCGCCCUCGCCCUCGUCGCCCCUGCCAAGGCAGGUCUGCGCUUCGGAUGCUCGACGCUGACUAUCCAGCGACUCGACCCCAUCGUCGAGCCUGGCGCGGUCCCUUCGUCCCAUCUUCACCAUAUCGUUGGUGGAAAUGCCUUCAACGCCUCCAUGGGCGCUGAUAUCGGAGACAGGGGCACCUGCACUACGUGCCAGAUGAGCGAAGACUUUAGCAAUUACUGGACUGCCGUCCUUUAUUUCAAGCACCCUACGAACGGUUCCUAUCAUCGCGUGCCGGUCACGAAUAACGCCGCCCUGGCUCCGGGGACGACCGGCGGGAUCACCGUCUACUACACUCAGUUCGAUUUCAAUACUGAUGCACUGAACAGGCAGCCUAUCAAGGCUUUCCCUCCAGGCUUCCGUAUGACAGUUGGAAACCCCGGCGCCAACGACCCUGCUGCAGCCAGGUCCGCCGUCGGAUUGCGUUACAACUGCCUUCAGACUCUGAUUAACAGAGGUCCCGAGCUGGCCGACUUCCCCGACAGGCCAUGCCCGGCCGGCAUCUUCGCGGUCCACCACUUCCCCGCAUGCUGGGACGGCAAGAACCUUGACAGCCCUGACCACCAGUCUCACAUGUUUAACACUAUGGACCGUGGCGGUUUUACUAAUGCUCCCCCGUGCCCGGCAUCCCAUCCCGUCCGCAUGCCCCAAGUCACAUACGAGACUGUCUGGGAUACUCGACAGUUCAACAGCAUGUGGCCGGCAGGAACUCCCAACCCCUUCGUAUGGAGCUUCGAAGGUAGCGCCUUCGGCACUCACGCCGACUACCUCUUCGGCUGGAAGGGCGAUGCGCUCCAGCGCGCCAUGGACAAGUCUGAAUGUUUCUACGAUGGAUGUGGGUCUAUUACUAAGCAAGACAUGUCCGAGGCCAACAAAUGCAAGGUCGAGACUUUGGUGAACGAGGAAACCGACGGAUGGCUCACGUCGCGUCCGGGACAGUCGGAUGUAUAA